GUUGCGUCACAGGGCGGGCAGCCUGGAGCUCCGAGCACGGGCCUGCGAUUUUCACCAUGAGAGCCACUGAAGCGGUAGCAUGGCGCAUCUUCAAACCUCGACUCGAACCAAGUCCAGGAAGCUUCAAGAACACUCCACGACCGCUCCCACCUCCUCAUUCUUUGAGAAGACCCCCCGCAGCCCUUCCAUCUUUCGCCGGAGCAGAGCUCCAGCCACGGCACUGCAGCACAAACGGUUCCCCAUCCCCGCCUGGGCGCUCUGCCCCGCCAUCUCCUUCCCACGACUUGCAUUCCCGCCUUAGCUCUUCUGCCACGGCGACACGCCACGACGCCUCGCCAUGGCCGACACCGCGGGCGGCGCCUCGUCCAAUGACGAGAGCAUCCAGCUUCUGAUGGACCUUACCGCGGUCUCGGCUGAUGUAGCCCGGAAGCUGCUCCAGAUCACCCACAACGAUGUCGAGACGGCGUGCACCCUCUGGUUCGACAACCCGGACAUCAUCAACUCCCUCUCCGACGCGCCCGCCGCAUCCUCAUCCUCGGCAGCCCGACCGCAGCCCUCCUCUAGCAAUCCGCCACGGCUCUCGCGCUCUAGUGGCCGCGUGGACGCGAGCGGGGUCAUUCACAUUGAUAGCGAAUCUGACAAUGACGACGCCGACGUCGACAUGGCUGGAGCGGCGGACGAGAUGGGAGAGGCUGCCGCCGCCGUGGCCGCGGCGCGGUUCGCUCAGGAAGACGAGGACGCCGCCUACGCCCGGCGGCUCCAGGAAGAGCUGUACGGGGCCGGCGGGGCCGGUGGCGGCGGCGGCGGUGGUGGCGGGCCGGGAGGCGCUACCGAUGACGAUGUGCGCGCCCCGAUUGCUCGCACCACAGAGACGCUGGUGGGCGGUGCCGACUACUCGGGUAUCUUUCCCGCUGGCGCAAGGCUCAAUCCGGACGAGGACGAGGACGAGGCCGAACGCUUUUUGCAAGAAAUGAGGAGGGAGCGACAGGCUCGGAAUGAAUACAGAGCCGACAGGGGCGCAGGCGUAUUUUCCCAGUCGGUUUGGGAUGAUGGUCCCCCAGCGGCCGGGAACUCGAGCCAAGACAGCAACUCGCGGCGACUCGUGGAGCUCUUCAGGCCGCCACGCGAGAUCCUCACACACCUCGACUGGGACGACACGAGGGAAGAAGGCAAGGACCAGAAGAAGUGGAUUUUGGUGAACCUGCAGGACAUGUCUGUGUUCCAGUGCCAGCUGCUGAACCGGGACAUAUGGAAGGACGAGCGCGUGCAACAGCUUGUGCGCGAGCGGUUCCUGUUCUUGCAGUACGACAAGGACCACACCAACGCGAGGCAGUACAUCCAGCUGUAUCUGCCCAAUGAGCAGCACAAGAUACCAGAGAACUACCCCCACAUUUCCGUGGUGGAUCCGCGCACGGGCGAGCAGAUGAAGGUCUGGGCAGGUGUGGACUGCCCGACCCAGGCCGCCGACUUCGUCGAGAAGCUUGAAGAUUUCCUGGAGCGCUACAAGUUCCAGGGUAAGAACCCGGUGGCGCAGACGCGCCCGCCAAAGAAGAAGGUGGAUGUGGACCGCAUGACCGAGGACGAGAUGCUACAGCUGGCCAUGCAGAACAGCCUCGAGGGCGCCAAUGGCGAGUCAUCCGAGUCGUCGACCAGGCCUAGCAUCCAUGACCCAGACGAACUCACGAGGGUGGACAAGGGCAAGCACAAGGCAGCCGACGACCCCGAUGCCGCAAUUGAGACACUGCCGCCUCCCCCGCAGGAGCAGUCGCCCUUUGCGAGGAUACCAUCCGACAGGCCCCACGAGGAGCCGGCGCCUGGCGGAGCCGGCAUCACGCGCAUACAGUUCAUGCACCCCGGCGGCAGGGUGGUGCGGCGGUUCGCGACGUCGGAUUCAGUUUCGCGCGUGUACGAGUGGCUGAAGGCGGCGCCACUGGAUGAGUCCAAGGCCGGGGUCGAGUUUGAGCUCAAGAGGAUGCCGCAGGGCGUGGACUUGAUCACGGACCUGGACAAGACGAUCGAGGAGGCGGGCAUCAAGCAGUCCACGCUGGCCGUCGAGUUUUUGGAGAGCUAGGUGUCGAUUUUGCGCCUAAAGGAACAGCCGUGGUCGAUAUCCGAUCGGUUCAAUCUGGCACCAUAAUCCGACGAUGCUUUCUUUCAACAUAUCUUGCAGGUGCUGUGUUUUAGUGCCGGGAAACCUGGGCAACAACUGUUGUCACAGAGCCAUCAUUUCUUCUUUGAUUGCCUGGCUCGUUUCCUGUUUAGGGAAUCUGUUUCCCUGGUGUUAUGGUCGGUUUUCAUCCGUCGGGUUCUCGCCCAAGCAUUCACUUUCCAUCAACAUCCUCACCGAGCAUCUUGGCCGAGGGAGGGAAAUGAGAGUGAGAACGCAGGCUAUUUCUUUUGUGUUUCCGGUUCCUUUGUUUGCUUCUACGAAUCACGCUCUCCUACUGCUCUCUGGUAAUAUCUAUUCUUCUUCUUCCUCUGCGUUUCCCAGGGGUUGACCCUCACGCUAUAGACAUGGAAGGUAGGCGGUUAACCAUUGAUGAAUUCAUAUCUACUGCAG